UGAAAAGACCCACCGAACCGGAAGUAUCAUUCUGCACGCAGUAAUCGAGAAAAACAAUAAUAUUUUAGCUUGCAUUUUUUGCUAUGCCUAUCAUGAGUACAGGUGGUGACAACACAUGUGAUCCAGUCAUUCUGGCAACUGCAGGUUAUGACCACACAAUUCGUUUUUGGCAAGCACACAGCGGCAUUUGCUACAGAACUGUCCAGCAUCCAGAUUCGCAAGUAAAUGCACUUGAAAUCACUCCAGACAAACAACUCAUAGCUGCUGCAGGAUUCACAAAGAGGGAAAGUGGGUGUAAACUGUGGGGAAAUAACUCUGCCAAAGGGUUUGGAUCUGAGUUCUGUAUAGGAACAGAUGAUAUAAUAUUAAGGUUACAAUUUCAGGGAGAAUUGUUUAUAGGUGACCAGAGUGGUUCAAUACACAUAUGGGAUCUGAAAACAGACAAAAAUGAACAGUUGAUACCAGAAACAGAUGCCUCUAUACAGUCAAUCAGCAUUGAUGCCAUGGGGACCAUGAUGGCAGCAGUCACAAACAAGGGAAAAUGCCAUAUAUGGACAUUGACUGGAGGCAGAAGAGAAGAGCCAACACAGCUACAUCCAAAAUCAGAUAUUACAGUUAGCAAUAGAUACGCCCUCAAAUGUCUCUUUAGUCCAGAUUCUACAUUAUUAGCAACAACUCUAGCAGACAAUUCAGCAAAAAUCUGGAAAACAGCCGAUCUGACGUUACAUACAGAACUGAAAGAAAAUUCUCAGAGAUGGGUGUGGGAUUGUGCAUUCAGUGGAGACUCACAAUAUAUCAUCACAGCAUCGUCAGAUAAUAUGGCACGGUUGUGGAGUGUGGAUACCGGGGAAGUUAAGAAGGAGUACAGUGGUCACCAGAAAGCUGUGGUCUGUCUAGCAUUCAGGGACGAGUCUAUACAGUGAUCACAAGUAAACUGUAGUGUUUCAUAGGGUUUUGUUGCAAUAUUGUGUAGGACAUAAGAACAAAUGUUCAUGAAAUGAAAAAAACAUGGAGUUAAAACAGUGAUUAGAUACUGUGAUAUAAAGAACUGUUAAUGCUUGGAUUUUAAUUGUCGUCUAUAUAGUGAUAGUGUAAUUUUACACGCUCACAAAGAAAUGCCUGUUUUGUAGGCUAAAUGAAUUAAUUCUGUUCCCAGAUGGAAUUUUAAGAAAGUACAUUAAAUUUACGUACGUAAGUUAUUAAAAGUUACAGGAGGCAUGAUGGUGCAGCAAGUAGGGUACACAUAUACGAGUUUUUACAAUGUGUGUAUUCUAAACGUGUGCAGUUUGCUUUCUGAAUAGAACUGAUUGGAUUAUUUACACUGAUGAAAUAAUACUAGUCAAGUUGGUAUAAUCUACAUGCAUGGGUUUGAUUUCUUGAUAUGGAAUCAGAGUUGUUUUAAAGAUAUGAUAAAGUCUUAUUCAAUGCCGCGUAUUAAUUUUCAUGCAAUAUUGCUAAAACAAGUAUGAUCUGAUGCAUGUAAGGAAUUGCUUUCUUCAGAUGUCUAAGCAGGAGAUUAGGUUCCAAGGUUAUGAUAUUAGUAUCGAGAGCAAUCCAAUAAUGCUGUUGGAUAUUAUCCAGACCGAGCUUGGAAUAGAUUGAUCAGGUGCAGAAGUUAUGACAAGACUCAAUAGAAAGUUUUGGUAUCUUGGACCUAUUUCCAAGGUUAUGUAACUAAGUAUGGAGACCAGUCUUCAAAUGAAGUCUUGCUAUUGCACAACUUCAAGUUUGUGUUUCAUAAUAUGAAUUAAGGCACCGCCUGGCAUGGGGAUUUAUCUUUUAUAUAACUACUUACAAAGAAAUAUUCAAUACCCAAAAGAAACUAACAGUGAAGUUUACAUUUAAUGUCAUCAUACCUCUUACAGCGAAUAUCAUAUUUUGCAAAAUUUACUGGCUUUAGGAAUUUUUUGUUUGUUUGUUUGCACUCCACGCAGAAACUUGACGGCCUUUACACUUCCUUACUGUUUUAAAAGUGUUUUUCAUUUGCAUGUACAGUUUUCAUUACGAAAAAGAAGUAAAAGAAUCAUGUUGUCACGGUUUACGAAUUUCUGUGACUGAUUCGGGGUGCUCAGAUGUUCAUGCAGACAACCAGUCUGCGGUGUGUAUAUAAACCGGAACCGGAAAACAUCGAAAAAAUUGCCUCAGUAUAUGCAGAGAACACAGACGAAUAACUAUAUACGGACGUUACCGUCUCGGGGAUUUUCAUCCUCUAUUAACCAAUCAUUUGUUUGAGACUGCUCUUGAAACUCAGUUCUGUAACUUUUGACCCUGCUACAAGGUACAUUCGGGUGAAAUGAUGUUGAAAGACAUUAUCUGUAGCAAACUGAUGUAUUUAUAGAAAUGCCAGGCAAACUGUCCCACAUUAUGGUGUUAGUUUUCACAACCAAUUAUCCCGUACAGUUCUUGGGUUUAGGAUUAUUCUUGUCUUUAAUUUAUUCAACAGGACCAUCAGUUAUUUUCUAAGUUUUGAAUUUCUUGACGCGAGAAGAAAAUAAUGAUUUCUCUUUACAUUCCAGUUUCCUCUUUGACAAUUUUCCACCAUUGUUUUCGUUAUCUGUAUUAAUUUCACCACUUGUAUUCUUCCCAGUCGCGGAUUGGCUGGACAGUCCACUUUCAUUUUGUUCAUUCUCAUCCUAUAUAGGAUCAUGAUACAUGUGUUCAAACUGUUUUAGUUGCACACUGAUUUUUAAAAAAUUUGAAUCCCUUUUUUUCAUUGAUUACUCCCAUUUUUCAUUAUAUCCACCAUUGUUUUGGCUAUUAAUCAAAAGUAAAUACAGACGUGUUCAUUCUGUGAAAUGUCAACCUACUACUUUUGUUUUCAGUAGCGAUAAAUAACACAGAAAUCAUUUUGGAAUCUGUGACACUUUGCUGUGUGUCUUGUAUUCAGGGGUUUUGUUUAGAGAAGUUUCAUGGAGUAAUAAUUUCAUUAUAUGAAAUAUGUAAACAGUCAAAUCUGUUUUUAUCUACAAACAAAUUAAGUGCAAAAGUACCAUUGGUCAGGGAUGCUGCUAUGUACUUGAAAUGGAUCUGUAGCACUUUGGUCACCUAAUAGAAAGAGCUAUAGAAAUAAAUAGAUCGGCACCUUGAAAGGCAUAUAGAGCAAAUCUCGCCAACAUCACGUGGCAACUGAAUGAGAUCUCGUAGUAAGCGUUUGUUGAUUUUAUCACGAUUGAUCAAGUCGGCAAACGCUUUGAAAUAAGAUAAUUUUCUAUUAGAUCAUUUGUUUAUAAUGAUAAAAGGUGCUUUUUUAAUGUUAUUAGUAUUUUCUACACUGGGAAGGAAUGAAUUUACGAUUAGAAGUCUGAGAAAUCAACAGUUGCCAUUUGAAAAAUGGACUCGAUUCGGUUUAUUACACGCCACCCGUUUUUACUUCAGUAAGCGUCUGUUGAUUUGAUCACGAUUGAUCAAGUCGGCAAACGCUUUGAAAUAAGAUAACGCGCUAACACGAGCUGAUUAUCUCCAGUUGACAUUCUGUGUAUUUUAUAGUUCUUUGCCUAAUACUGGUAUGUGUUUGUGUAAGUAUCGAGCACUGUCCACUUGAUCUUUCUUGUUUCUGAGCAAGUUGUGUUGUUGUAUGCAGGAUCAUGACAAGAGUGUUAAUGUAGUUAAGUCUUAUCCACUAAAAGGGAACUAUUAAUUGGAAACUGAAAAUAUCGGCAAAUAUGUUGCAUUAACCCUUUCGGCGCCAAACAUAUAGUGAACAGUUUAUCUCAGCGCCAAAUAUUUUCCAGGAAAUUCUAAGAAAAUCUACCAACCAACUUCAAUCUUUUAUAACUGUUUUGUUUAUGGAGAUAAUCACAUGAGAUUUGGAAUGUGGACAUUUGAUUAAUUGGUGUUGAUAAUGAAGUACAAUUUUUAGCUCAUCUGAUUUUUUGAAAAAAAAUGAUGAGUUAUUGUCAUCACUUGAGCGGUUGUCGGCGUCGGCGUCGGCGUUGCCUGGUUAAGUUUUAUGUUUAGGUCAGCUUUUCUCCUAAACUAUCAAAGCUAUUGCUUUGAAACUUGGAAUACUUGUUCACCAUCAUAAGCUGACCCUGUAUAGCAAGAAACAUAACUCCAUCUUGCUUUUUGCAAGAUUUAUGGCCCCUUAUGUACUUAGAAAAUAUCAGAUUUCUUGGUUAAGUUUUAUGUUUAGGUCAACUUUUCUCCUAAACUAUCAAAGCUAUUGCUUUGAAACUUGGAAUACUUGUUCACCAUCAUAAGCAGACCCUGUACAUCAAGAAACAUAACUCCAUCUUGCUUUUUGCAAGAUUUAUUGCCCCUUUUGGACUUAGAAAAUCAGUUUUCUUGGUUAAGUUUUAUGUUUAAGUCAGCUUUUAUCCUAAACUAUCAAAGCUAUUGCUUUAAAACUUGCAACACUUGUUCACCAUCAUAAGUUGACCCUGUAUAGCAAGAAACAUAACUCUGUCCUGCUUUUUGCAAGAUUUAUGGCCCCUUUUGGACUUAGAAAAUCAGUUUUCUUGGUUAAGUUUUAUGUUUAGGUCAGCUUUUAUCCUAAACUAUCAAAGCUAUUGCUUUAAAACUUGCAACACUUGUUCACCAUCAUAAGUUGACCCUGUAUAGCAAGAAACAUAACUCUGUCCUGCUUUUUGCAAGAUUUAUGGCCCCUUUUGGACUUAGAAAAUAACAGAUUUCUUGGUUAAGUUUUAUGUUUAGGUCAAGUUUUUCUCUUAAACUAUCAAAGCUAUUGCUUUGAAACUUGCAACACUUGUUCACCAUCAUAAGCUGACCCUGUACAGCAAGCAACAUAACUCCAUCCUGCUUUUUGCAAUAAUUAUUGCCCCUUUUGGACUUAGAAAAUCAUUUUCUUGGUUGAGUAUUAUGUUUAAGUCAACUUUUCUCAUAAACUAUCAAAGCUAUUGCUUUAAAACUUGCAACAGUUUUUCACCAUCAUAAGUGGACACUGUACAUCAAGAAACAUAACUCUAUCCUGCUUUUUGCAAGAAUGAUGGCCCUUUUUAGACUGAGAAAAUCAUGGGUAGGACAAUAUUUCUAUUACACAAAAAAAUCAGAUGAGCGUCAGCACCCGCAAGGCGGUGCUCUUGUUUACAAUCUGUCAACAAAUAUUUGAUUUAUUUAUUACCAUAUAUGGAAUUUUUUUUUUAAAGUGCCAAACUCGUACACUGACAAUGUCAAUUGUUGUUUAUACUUAUAAAUCAGUAGCUAACAAUAUUCCAGACUGUUUAAACAUGAAAAAGAUGUUGAUUUAUGAAUAAACAACCAAACUCUCA